AUGGCACGUCCAAUCGAUAUCCGACACACAACAACCUUGCCAAUACCACUACCAACACAAGCAUCACAACCAGCAUCAUCAGAUUGCUCAACAUAUGCAUCGAUACAAUCAUGUCUCGACAGGGCAUUCAUCGUAUUCACACAACUCUCAAAUGAGCUAAACACUCAACUAUCUUCACGCAACCGGAUCAUCAACAACACAUUCAUAUCACCAGAUCCAGUGGCCUCAACAUCCAGGUCAUCAAACAGUACCGGCCAAUCCAACACCAUCAACUUCACAUCAAACAUCGACAGGCUACUCACCACACUCAAGAUGCCAACAAAGGCCGAUGCACUCCUUCCAGACCUCCCAGUCCCAGCCCCUUUCCUCGCCCCAGUCCCAGUCCCACUCCAAGAUAUAACAAUGCCAGCACUGAAGCCACAGUCCAUCGGACAACAACGCAGUAGACUGAAGAUUCCAGCACAGCUAUCUGGCGCAUCAUCACUCAUACUUACAGAGUCUGACAUGUCUGAGGGACCAUCACCGAUCACACCACUAAUGGCUGGGCUGUCCACAUCGCGUUUGUCUAACAACAACAACACCGGGUUACGCUCUUGGCUAGAGGAUGAGAAAACCCCUGCAGCAGCCGCAGCCGCCCAGCCACCAAAGAAGGAGAUGUCAAUCAUGCCCUCGUUGAAUGAAGAGGAGGAGGAGGAGGGAUUGGAGAGCGAGUCAGGCUUGAUGCCAUCAAUCAUCAUUGAACCGAACGAUUCAUCGUCCAAUGCAUUCAUGCCCUCGUCUCCACCCAUGUCUCCAUCACCCAUGCAAGCACUGGCAACGAGUGAGCGUCAAUGUCACUUGGACCCUGACCUCAUGGAUAUUGGCUGCGGCGACGACGACGACUUUGAAAAGAUAAGCUUCUCACGGCUCGAGAGGUCGAUGACCGAGAUCGCCGUCACUCGAAUCCGCACAAACAUGACAGACGAUGCACUGCAACGACGAACUCAAAAGAGUGCUGCCAUGCUAUCGUUCAUCCUCCAGGAUCAGGCUGGAGGCCAUACUCACACGGGUGCCCAGUCCCAAUGUGCUGGCGAUGCUCAGCAUCCUGCCUCACCCAUUGAGACCUACCUGCCUAUUGAAGAGGAGGACCUGUCUCAUAUGUAUAGUGUGUACAAGGUGUCAACACAGAGCCGUGACAACAACAAUAACAAUGCCACGGCCACAGGAGGAGGAGGAGGUGGUAGUGCUGCGGCCAACCCAUUGGGAUCAUCGGCGACAGGUGCACGAUUACAACGCGCGCCAUCAUCUGGAAACGCACCCGCCAAGCAGACACAAGCAGGAGGCGGAGGUCUUGCCAACAAUAAUUUGCCCAGAUUGGUGACCUUUGCCAAGCCCGACCCUCUGGCGCUGCCAACCACCCAGUUCCAAUUCGUCAAGGAGCGUGUCCCACGUCGCUGGCCAAUGCUUGAUGACCUUGAUCUCACUGACUUGGAUGACCUGGACGAGACCAGCACGUCCGACCCAGAUACAGACACAAUGUUCGAAGUGGACGCAGCUGUGGCCGCCAUCCUGGACAAUCCACCACCAGUGCCACCCACGACCACCACCCCGUCCACAAUCGUCAACAAGAACAUUCACAAUCUAUCUAUCAACACUGACCUGCUCAAGUCACCCGUGGCGUCCAAGCAGGUAUCACCACGUUACUCUACCAACUCCCCGCGCAUGUUCACACCAGUACGCUCAUCACAACGACGCGCGCAGUCCAUGAGCGGUCACUACAACUCUCUGCCAUGGGUCGGCGCCAAACAGAUACAACUGUGCGUGUUUGUGCCCACUCAACCACAGUCCAUGGUUGAGCUGGCCGUGGACGAGGAUGCCACCGUAGACAAAGUGGUCACCGAUGUGCUCGAGCUAUGCCAUCGCGAGAAACGCAAGAUCCUAUCGUACAGCACAGAGAUGUUGUCUCCCGUGUCUCCAGCGCCAGUCUCGUUCAGCAGCGGCGGUGGCUCAAGUGGCGGCAACUCGCGAAGUGGUCCACACUGCAACAACAACAACAACAAUGUAGCCACCACUGCCACACCAGUCAUGACGCCAUCUGCAGAGACUGUACCACAAAGCCCAAGUCUCAACAAUGACAACGAGCUAUCCUUUGGCUUCCUUACCGUACUCAAUGCCAAGUACUACUCGCUACGCCAGUGUAACGACUAUGGCGAGAUUGACAACGACAUUGCCACACUUGAUCGGACCACCGAGAUGCGCAAGAUCAAAUGCUCAACCUUUGCCCUCACUCAGAACCUCAACUACACAAACAUUGAUCAAUCAAUGCCCCCGACUAUAUUUAGAGUACACAUUGUGGCCUCGGGACCACUGACACAUAUUGGGGAGAAGAAGACACCUAACAGCAAGCCAGGUGGCAAGGACUCGAUUGCAGUGCCUUACAAUCCAAAGGCAUCACUUACAUCGAUCAAGUCAUUGGUGUGUCGCAAGGAGAAGGUGUCUGAAGAUCUCUGUGUAUUCAUGUUGAUGAACAAUGAGAUUGUUAAUGACGAAUCCAUCACACUUGAGGAGUUGGGUGUAGGAGACAUCAAACUGAUACACAACCAAGUUAAAUCAAGUAUACCAAAGUCAGCAUCAGUGGUGGCAGAGUCUGGAAAUGCCCCAAGGGCCAUCACCAAGUUACUUGGACCAAUGUUCUUCUUCACGCCAGACACUGCUGGUGAGUUCAAGCAAUAUCAUGUUGUCAAAGUUAACAAGUUUGGAAUAUCAACGAAUAGGAUUAUGGGCAUUGAUCAGGAUAGGAUAAUACAUUCGAUUGUUUCUGAGCCCAGUGGUAAUGGUGGACAAUCUGGUAAUAGUAGUAGUCUUACACCAAAGAAGACAUUGAGACGAAGGACAUUCAGUUCAUCACGACUCAAGACUCCUAUACAACCGAUGAAGGAUAUUAUACAGGUUGGAACCAACUCGAACAAACCCAAUAGUUUCUACAUCAAGUUUAAGGAUGGCAAGAUGUCCGAGUUCUACUCACAUGACUCUGAGGAGAUAGUGGCCAAGAUACAAUUCAUCAUCAAGGAGAACCGUAACAAGAUCAAGAAUGAAGAGUACUAA